CAAAACCUCACUAAACGAAGCUUAAAUCUUAAGAAGUGUUAGAUCCUCUUCGGUUUCUUCGUUGCCGUUCGCGUGAGGUUGAGGGUAGAGCUUCCGCUUCCCUGCGUGGGGUAGAUCUUCGAACUCGCUUGCCAUUUCCUGUCUAGGGUUUGUAUUUCCUCUUCUGCUUCGCGUGAAGUAGAGUACUGAAAGAAUCGAAACUUCCUUCCCUCUGACGUUGUUCCUGUCGGAUCGGAAGACGCGCCGGGAGCUCUCCGCAAAGGCGUUUGGCAGGAUUUCGCUCAAAUAUUGCCUAAUCUGGUAUAAAUCCUGCAUCCAAACAGGCCCUAAUUUUGUCCUCCACUCGGCCAAGAUUCUUCACUACUGCCGAGAGAGAGAGACCGAGCGAGAGGGGAGAGAAAAAACCUUGGAAUAUGCAAAGCUAGUUUGCUCGCGCCUUCUCCUAUCAAUAAAUUUCCGAGGAAGAGGGACUAAUUAUUUUCAAGCGCGCUGCUCCGAGCCCCAGAGAUGGGCUACAUCGGGCACCAUGGGAUCGCGGCACUACACAAGUAUAAGUAUAGCGGCGUGGACAAUUCACUUGUUGCGAAGUAUAUCUUGCAACCCUUUUGGAGUCGAUUUGUCAAUAUAUUUCCUCUUUGGGUCCCACCAAACAUGAUCACACUUACAGGUUUUGUGUUUGUACUCUUGUCAGCACUUCUUGGCUAUAUAUAUUCUCCACAUUUAGAUACGGCACCUCCUCGUUGGGUUCACUUUGCUCAUGGGAUGCUCCUUUUCUUAUACCAGACGUUUGAUGCUGUUGAUGGUAAACAAGCAAGGCGCACAAACUCCUCAAGUCCAUUAGGGGAACUUUUCGAUCAUGGAUGUGACGCUCUUGCUUGUGCAUUUGAAACAUUAGCUUUUGGAAGUACUUCCAUGUGUGGAAGGACAACAUUCUGGUUCUGGAUAAUUGCAGCUAUCCCAUUUUAUUGUGCGACAUGGGAGCACUUUUUUACCAAUACCCUUAUUCUACCUGUGGUUAAUGGACCAACAGAAGGUCUUAUGCUGAUCUAUUUAUGCCAUUUUCUUACAUUUUUUAUGGGUGCUGAAUGGUGGGCACAAGACUUUAGGAAAUCAAUCCCCCUUUUGAGCUGGGUACCAUUUCUGCCUGAGAUUCCUUUCUAUGGCGUUGUGCUGUUUUUGAUGAUCAUUUUUGCUGUAAUUCCGACUGUUGGAUCAAACGUCAGCAAUGUACAGAAGGUUGUUAGGGCUAGAAAAGGAAGCAUGUUGCUCGCAUUAGCAAUGCUCUUUCCAUUUAUAUUGCUGGUAGGUGGUGUACUUAUUUGGUGUUACCUGUCUCCCUCUGACAUUAUGGGAAAUUAUCCGCACUUGCUGAUCACUGGAACUGGCAUGGCAUUUGGAUUCCUUGUGGUAAGAUUGCACCUAGUUUUCUCCACUCGAUUACAUGCCUUCCCUUUCUUGCUUCCAUUAUUUGAUAGCUUCAUAAUAAAUAAGAGCUAUUCAUACCAAUAUAUUUAAUGGUUACUUUAUUAG